CUCCCUCCCCUCCUCUUCCUCCACAACGCAGUAUUAGCAUUUCCCCCAAAUCUCUCCUCCUCAACCAAAACACUCCGAAUGGGAAGAAAAUAUGGCAUGAAGGAGGCGGCGGGUCAACACCACCGUAUACCGUCUUUCACAGAGCACGAGCACCGGCUGAACAUGGACUUAAGGAUAGGCAGCGGCGCGCGAGGAGGGAGCACAAAGCGGAUGGCAGACAACGCUCGUGUUGUCGCUUAGUGUUUCUGCAACACGACUCAUCAUCUGCCUGUGUUAUAUCUCUACGGAGGCGGACAAGGGACUUAGGGAGGAAGAUUAUUCGAGCCCCCCUGUACUGUAUAGAACGAAAAAAAUAAGCGGACUGCCGGUCCCUUUCAUUAAACUCCUCGGUGCCAUCAUCCACGCUUGAAUUAAAGACAAGAAAAUGAGUGAGCAGAGUAUCUGCCAGGCGCGAGCCUCUGUGAUGGUCUACGAUGAUGCCAGUAAGAAGUGGGUACCCAUCAAGCCAGGGCAGCAGGGCUUCAGUCGCAUCAACAUCUACCACAACACUGCCAACAACACCUUCAGAGUGGUGGGUGUCAAACUGCAGGACCAGCAGGUGGUGAUAAACUACUCGAUAGUGAAGGGCCUGAAAUACAACCAGGCCACCCCGACCUUCCAUCAGUGGCGUGAUGCCCGGCAGGUCUAUGGGCUGAACUUUGCCAGUAAGGAGGAGGCCACCACCUUCUCCAACGCCAUGUUGUUUGCCCUCAAUGUCCUCAGCUCACCUGACGGUGGAGGUCCAGUCGUCCAGCGCCAAAAUGGGCCAUCCUCAGAAGAGAGCGAGGCACAGAGGAGGAUGAUGGAGCAGCAUCAGAUGGUGCACAAGGAGAGGGAGCGACGGACAUCUGGAUCAGUCGUUUCCACUCUCCAAUAUAAAGUCUCCACCCCUCCCGCCCACCCAGACACUCCACCCGAGUACAGACAGUACAGGGCUAGCACACUGCCACCAUCCUACGUCCGCGUGGCCUCCUCCUCCUCACCUCCCUCCUCCGCCUCCUCUCCCUCGCAGGAGAAAGAGGCGGGGGCUGCUAGGGACAAGGCCCAGCUUUCCUCCCAGCUCUCCACCUCGCUCGCCUCCGCCUUUUCCCCCGUUCAGGCAGGAGUGGCCACUAUGGGCCGACAGGUCCGUCAAAUCCCCUUGUCUCCCCCCACGGCUGCCCGCCACCUACUCCUGCAACAGCAGCUGCAGCAACAAGACAUCAUGCUCCCCCCGAAACAUGGCACCUGGUCUGCUUCCCAUUUGCAGCAAAUGUACGCCCAGAUGCCCCCCUCCUCCUCCCCUCCGGUCAUGAUGGCCAUGCCUGUGAAGCAGGGCAUGCCCCCACAGCCUGUCCUCCCGAUGGCUCACCCCCUCCCACCCCUGAACCCCAGAAUGAAAGCCCCAACUCUCGACCACGGGUCUGCAUCUAGCCCUCACCAGUACCCUCAGCACCAGCACCAGCACCACCCUCACUCCAACGGCCAACCAGACGAUUCCUACAAUCCUCACUCUCAGCACCUGCCACUCACCCCACAGUACUGCGAGGCCGUCCCCCUGCCUCCUCUGACAGGCCAGACAGGCCCAGGCCCCGCCCCUCAGUACCCAUCCACCUUCCACCCUCAGCAGCAGCAGCAUCCGCCACCACAGCAACAGCAGCAGCAGCAGCAGCAGCAGCAGCAAGUGUACUACCAGCAGGCCCAGCCCCCCACCACCACCAACACCUCCUCCUCCUCCUCCUCGCCCCCCUCUUACACUGCCAUGUCUGACGGGGGCUCGCCCAAGAAGACCCCCUCCCCAGUCCCCCAGCAGGCCCCCAUGGCCAGCAGCAGCCCCCCUGUCUCUGCAGGUCACCCCGCCAUGCUUUCUGUGGCUCCUCCUCCAGCUCUAGCUCCAGCACCCAUGGCUGGUCCUCCAGCCCCUCCACCACCUCCGGGUCCACCGCCCCCGAUGGCAGUGCCCCCACCUAUGCCCCCUCCACUGCCAACUGGUGGAGGGCCUCCAGGGGGCCCGCCGGGGCUCCAGCAACAACCCUCAGGACUGGCUGCCGCACUGGCUGGAGCCAAACUGCGUAAAGUACAUAGGGACGAGAGCAGUCCGCCGGGAUCUGGUGGCAAAAGCGACUCCAACCGGUCCAGUGGUGGCAGUGGUGGUGGUGGGGAGGGCUUGAUGCAGGAGAUGAAUGCCUUACUAGCUCGCAGACGGAAAGCUUCAGAGAAACCUGAUGAAGACGACUCUAGCGGUCGAGGACCAGGUCAGCAGAACUCAACAGAUGCUGUGAAAAAGCCAUGGGAGCGAUCCAACUCUGCGGACAAGUCAUCACUGGUGUCCAGAGUGAGACCCAUCGGCAGCACUAGUGAAUCAGACACAGAGUUUGACAGGAUGAAACAGGAAAUUUUGGAUGAAGUUGUACGCGAGUUGCAUAAGGUGAAAGAUGAAAUCAUAAACGCCAUCAGACAAGAAAUAGGCAGAAUCAGUACAUCCUAAUCUCACCUGAGCAGCAGAGGGAGGAGAGCUAGAGGAGGAGCCAGAAGAGGAUGGACAUGCAGAUGCACAGACACGAGGACCCAGGAAUGUUCUCUCAAUGUUUCUGUGACCUCGCGACGUCAAGAUGCAGGGUGCAGAGAUGUUGUGCCAACAUUUGAGUCUGCUGGACAGCGAAAAAUGGAAGAAAGAAUCAGAGAAUAGACAGAGAGAGAGAGAGAAGAAGGUGAAUGGAGAGGAGCAGAAGAAGAAGGAUACAGAAAGGUUGAAAGGACUGAUGAACUCAAACAGAGGAUGAAAAAUAAAAAAUAAAAAUGAACUAAUGGACAAAGGGACUUUGGUGCAGAAUUCGGUGUCGUGAUCCUCUCUGUGCACCUAUAGACUCAGUCAGCCUGGUGUUGCAACUCUUUGUUCUCUGUUCAGUCCAAGUCUUAAGAAGAAAAUAUUUUUGUUUUCUAAGUUUUUACUGUUUUAUUAUUUAAAAAGCUGUGGUGAUGAUGAUGAUGAUGAUGCUGUUGAUGACAAUGAGUAUUUUAUUGAUAUUAUAGAAGGAGGAAGGAAUCUUGCACACCAUUUUUGUCAGCCUUUAAUAUUUUCUAUUAUGUUGAUUAGGUUUUUUUCCCCCUAAUUGUUUGAUGAUAACAAGCACAAUAUGGGUCAACGGUGCUGCAGACUCACCUGCCCCUGACUGGCAUCAUUUUAAAAAAAAAGGAAAAAGUCGCUUUUUAUGACAGUGUUCAUACUGGUGUUGUGUGUCAAACCUUUUUUUUUUUUUUUUUUUUCAGAUGUUGAAAAUGUGUUAAUGUUGAACCACAAUGAGCAACUUUAAUUACCUCUUUCAUUCACAUCCAGUGCAUAAUGCAUAACUGAUAAGGUGAUUUUUUUUGGGGGGGGGGGGGUGCGCAAUUAAUCUACAACACACAUUAACAGUCUGCUCUACAACUCCAGUGUGACCGAGGAGUAUGUUUCUCUCUACCUGUUCGGAUGUGAGAUCAUAAAAACAUGGGGAUCAUUCACAAAACAGGCCCAUAUCUGUAAAUGUGCCACCAGGUUUUACAUAGAUAUGAAACAAUGUAGUCCUAUCUAUUAGUCAUCCUAAUGCUUUGUGAACCUCCCAAGUAUGCAUGAACUCCCCCCAGUUUCUAUUAAUACGUUUUUGGUUUUCGAAAAAAAAAAAAAAAAAAAAAAGUACGAACGGUGGUACAUUUAUUAUUGUGGUUUGUUUCCAUGGAGAUUCACCUUUCUAUAUACGUAUGAGAUGUUGAACUUGAUAAUGGUAGCAGUGUGGUUUGGUGGGGGGGAGGGAGGGAGGAAAUGGAUGGGGGUUGCUCUGGCAAUAUGCAAAUCUUACCUAGAGAAGAAUGUGCAGAAAGUGAAUGAUAGGCCGAUGUGAUGGUAGCUAAAUGUGUCUCUGAAGGAAGGAUUUGGUUGAAACUUGGUUGUUGCAUUCUAUCCACUCUGUUCGCUCUCAACUCUGUUCUGAUUUCAAAGCUGGAAGUAAAUUCAUUCAAACAAAGAACAACAAGACGUGUCAGCCAUUUACACAAUA